CAGACUCGUCCACAUUUUUGAACAGUGGCUCCACUUAUCCUGCAUACAAUAAGCAGAGAUGAUUGCGCCAAUGGACGCCACACGCAUACGUCCGAUGCGGCCCACCUAGCAACAUGCACCCCUGCCAGCCACUUACCAAGAUAACUGAUAGAAGUAUUACAUUAAUUCCAGGGCCACUAGCCUCAGCACCCUGACUUUGUUCCGUGUACUACCCCCAGCAUGCGAAAGACGUCCUACGCGCUCACUUUUAUUGCCGUGAUCCCUUUGCUGAUUUUUAACAUACUCUCUGCUCGUCUCCCGGACUGGCUCGUUGCAACCCAUACCGUGGAUGACACUCGUGUCACAGUUCGUUAUGGUCUAAUGGAGCGCUGCGAGCGGAUCACGUUUGAAGCACCCGACCCAAGCAACGUCACUCAUUCCGACUACAGCGGCUACGAAUGUAGACAUUUCCCAUUGCGAGAACAGGACAAGUGCGAGACAGAGAACAAGAUAUUUUGUGCGGCUUGGGUCUCCGCCCAGUACUUUACCGAGCUAGGAAUCGGAUUCGCGGCUACGGCUCUCGUGACGUUGUUAUUUGGCGUGAGCACGCACUCUAGAAGACGCAGAGUGUGGAGAGCUGUUGCAGGAUUGGUUGUGCUGCAUGCUGUUUUCCAACUGACGACGUUUAUACUCGUUGCCGAACUGUACCGCAUGAAUAGAUUCCCUGGUUUCGAUCAUGCUAAACCCGGGUCGGGUUUUGUCCUUAAUGCAGUGUCCUGGCUGGUGGGGUUCGGUGUCGCAUAUGGCGUGAUAUAUACGGGCGUGGCCGCCGACCGUGGUUACAGGUGGGCUGCCGGCAAUAGGUAUUACUACUCCAUCCACGGUUGAGUUACUCUGUUACUUCGUGCAAGUCCAUCUCUUUCGUCAAAUGCACGAUUAACCUGUUGUCAAUGCUACAUACUACACUUCUGUGAUCCACACAUCGUGGAUGGUUUUCCUUUUGUACUUG